AUGGAUAUCACCGGAAACGCCUUAGUGAUUGGAGGCGGCAGCGGCAUAGGUAGGGCUUGUGCAACUCUAUUUGCUAAAGAAGGUGCUACUGGAGUCAUGGUUGCCGAUAUCUCCAUCGGUGCGGCGACCGAGGUCGUGGCUGAAUGCCAGGCUGUAGCGACCAACAGCCAGUUCCAUGUUGAGGCAUGCCAAGUCGACAUCACGAAAGAGGAUUCCGUCCGCAGUCUCGUCGGGAAAAUGGUUCAAGCCUUCGGCCGAAUAGACUACUGCGUCAACUGCGCAGGAAUCGGUGUUCAACAGGCAGCAGACAUUGCCAGCUUGUCAUUGGCUGAGUUCCAGCGCUUUCUUGACAUAAACACAGUCGGCAUGUUCCUUGUAACGAAGGAGGUAUCCAUAGCCAUGCGCGCUCAGGAGCCUCAUGCGGUCUCACACGUCUCGCCUGGUCGGGGAACAAGCCGUGGCGCCAUUGUCAAUCUUGGAUCAGGGUCUUCCAUGAUUGCCACGCCGGGGGUACUUCCAUAUACCACAUCUAAACAUGCAGCGCUGGGUCUGAGUAAGAACAGCGCUCUUGAUAACGCUCCCUAUGGUAUCAGAGUCAACUGUGUUUGUCCCUCGUGGACAGAUACGCCAAUGGUGCAGCGGGCGAUGAGCGGCGUGGAAGGUCUGGCAGACUUUAUCCGAGCUGCGGUGCCCAUUGGCCGAAUAGCAUUGUCGGAGGAAGUGGCUGACGCCGUUAUCUUCUUGUGUAGUCCAAGAUCGAGUUACAUAACUGGAUGUGGAUUCAUCGUUGAUGGAGGCACGACGCUGACCGCAUUGAGAUAA